GUAAUCACCCACUGCGUAGUUACACCACGUGACAACAACUUGGCGCUGUCGCCAAGAGCAACUCCAGCCGAGGGCCGCCGUGGACGCCUGAGGCCUCAACUUUUGCACGGGCUACUUUUCCCUUCGCCCUCAUCGCUUCCUGCGGCCUCUCUUUCGCCCAUUCCAGCCGCUUCCGCGCGUUUUGCUCGAGGGUUCCUUUGCGGCCAUUUCCCCUUUGCUCUUAUCUACAUUCAUCUCGUUUCUUACAUCGAAGGGCUGGCUUGGUGAACGCUAGCCUUGCCUUGCUCUUAGUCCUGCCAUUGGCUGGGAUUACCUUCACUUUGUUCUUCUCUUCGUCACGAGUCCUUCUGCGCGCCUCCUCGAGACCGCUUCCCAGGGUGCUCGCGUCGUGCUCCUUUGAAUUUCCGGUUUCUCCUCUGUUCCGGCGCAUUGCGAUUGAUACCCGCGCAAAGAUGAGUUCUUCCGACGAUGACGCUCCUCUCAUUCGGGCAAAUGGCCGUUCUAGUGCUGUGUCAUCCACGAGAAAAAAGGCCUCUCAUACUACGAACGGCGACGUUGACCCGGGAGUUUCCAUCCGGUUUGGACCCGUACAGAGUGAAGAUGUGAAGAUGGAGGAUGCAGAUGGUGAAUUGCAUGGUGCUAGCAAGCGCAAGGCACGCAGCAGUAUUGGCCAGCGGAAGUCAUACGCAGAGCCAGAGAGUAGUGAGGAGGACGAUGAGCCUUUGAGUAAGCGUCGUCGCACCUCAGUGAAGCACGAAGACCCAGAGACGGAUGAUGAUGUGCCUUUGGCAGCGAACGGACGGAAGCUUCCCAAGGCUUCUGAAACUGCCAUCGGUGAUGAGUCUGAUUCCGACAUCCCUAUUGAGAGGAGACUUGCAUCCGAAAAAAAGAAGAUCGAGCAGCGAGCGGAGAAGGAAGCAAAGACCCUUCGUAAAGAGGAAGCGGCAUCUACCAAGAAGGCCACUGCAAAGAAGCCUGCCGCCAGCACGAAGAAACCCACCAAUGGUGUCAAGAAAGAGCCCUCCAACUCCACUGCGAAAAUGGUAGCGGGCAAGAAAGCCACAGCCAAGGUCAAAACAGAGCCGAAGUCCGAGUUGUCAACCCCCGUCAAGAAGGGUCAAGGGAAAAAUGCCCCAGUCAAGGAGGAGAGCGAAGAGGCUGAAGGCGAAGAGGAGGAAGAAUACAGGUGGUGGGACGACCCAACCAAGGGGGAUGGCACCAUCAAGUGGACAACUUUGGAACACAAUGGCGUUGUUUUCCCGCCGCCCUAUGAACCUUUGCCUAAGGAUGUGAAAAUGAAAUAUGACGGCGUGCCUGUCACUUUGCAGCCAGAGGCUGAGGAAGUUGCUGGAUUUUUCGGUGGUAUGCUCAACUCGACUCAGAAUGUGGAGAAUCCGGUUUUCCAAAAGAACUUCUUCAUGGAUUUCAAGGAAAUCAUCAAAAAGUCGGGAGGCGCAAAAGACUCCAAAGGAAAUAAGGUCGAUAUCAAAGAGUUUUCCAAGUGCGAUUUCCAGCCCAUCUUCGAAUACUUCGAUAUGCAGCGUCAGGAGAAGAGAAACCUCCCACCGGCAGAGAAGAAGCGACUGAAGGCCGAAAAGGAUCUUGUGGAAGCGCCCUACAUGUACUGUAUGUGGGAUGGCCGAAAGCAAAAGGUCGGCAACUUCCGUGUGGAACCUCCCCAGCUUUUCAGAGGGCGUGGCGAGCAUCCCAAGACUGGUCGAGUGAAAACUAGAGUGCAGCCUGAACAGGUCACCAUCAACAUUGGCAAAGGUGCGCCGGUGCCACCGCCUCCGGAGGGUCACCGCUGGAAGGAAGUGAAGCAUGACCAAGAGGGGACCUGGCUCGCGAUGUGGCAAGAGAAUAUCAACGGCAACUACAAGUAUGUCAUGCUCGCAGCCAAUUCCGAUGUCAAGGGACAAAGCGACUUCAAGAAGUUUGAAAAGGCUCGAGAGCUGAAGAAACACAUCGACCGUAUCCGCAAAGAUUACCAAAAGGCAUUGAAGCAUGAAUUGAUGGUGGAACGUCAGAAAGCGACAGCUGUCUAUCUCAUUGACCGGUUUGCUCUUCGUGCUGGCAACGAGAAGGGUGAAGAUGAAGCUGAGACAGUGGGCUGCUGUUCUUUGAAAUACGAGCACGUCACCCUGAAACCGCCGAAUACUGUGAUUUUCGACUUUUUGGGUAAAGACAGUAUUCGUUACUAUGAUGAGGUCGAGGUCGACACUCAGGUCUUCAAGAACCUGAAAAUCUUCAAAAAGGCCCCGAAGAAGGAAGGAGAUGAGAUCUUUGACCGCUUAACGACCUCUGCUCUCAACAAGCAUCUGUCAGCUUACAUGACAGGCCUUACUGCCAAGGUGUUCCGUACCUAUAACGCUUCAUAUACGAUGUCUACCCUUCUGAAAGAUAUGGAAGCGGCAGGAACCAUCGCCGAGAAGGUCAAGGCUUACAAUGACGCAAACCGCAAAGUGGCUAUCCUUUGCAAUCACAAGCGGACUGUCACCGCGUCUCAUGCAAAUCAAAUGGAAAAGAUGGGCGAACGGAUCAAAGGUUUGCGUUAUCAGAAAUGGAGACUAAAGCAAAUGAUGCUUGAUCUGGAUCCUACUCUGAAGAAGAAGAAAGGAUCCGCCUUCUUUGCGCUGGAUGAGGAUAUUGACCAGGAGUGGAUCAAAGAACAUCAAUCCUUCUUGGUGGAGGAACAACGACAGAAGAUCAAUAAGAAGUUCGAGAAGGAUAAUGAGAAGUUGGCUGCGGAGGGUGAGAAGGAGAUGAAGGCAAGCGAGCUUGAACAACGCCUCGAGGUGGUCAAGGAGAUGGAAGCGAAAUUCAAGAAGGAAAACAAAACGAACAAGGUCGUCGCCGAGGGCAAAGGGCCAACCGUUGACAAGUUGGAGGCGUCGAUCACAAAAUUGGAUCAACGCAUCGACAACAUGACGCUCCAGGCCCAAGACAAAGAAGACAACAAGGAGGUCGCCCUGGGAACCUCGAAGAUCAACUACAUCGAUCCUCGUCUGACCGUGGUCUUCUCCAAGAAGUUCAAUGUGCCCAUCGAAAAAUUCUUCUCCAAAGCUCUGCGGGAGAAGUUCGAGUGGGCUAUUAAGUCUGUCGAGGCAGACUGGGAAUUCUAGUCUCCUCAUACAACACAAUUGUCGAUCCACCUUCUUGGAUUUCCUCAAUAUAUUCACGCGCGAUUUGGUCAUGACGAAAUUCCCGUCCUAGUUCAAAUCAAAGUCAACGGCCUAACAGGUCAUACUUGUGCUAGGACGGCCUGUCCAAAAGAUCGGUACAAACUUCAAAGGUUCCUUGUUAACCUCUCUCCCCCCCCCCUUCAAGACGGGUUUGCGCUCGCAUUCUUCAUUACUAUGUUUUUUCUUGAGAUCUGUUGCUCUACUGCAUAAGGAAAGACACCCAGCAUCAGGAAGGAAAACUGACAGCAUGGGAAAGAUAUAGACCUAUC